ACAAGACGAUUGUAGGCGUUAUAGCAACAAACAAACUCCUAGAAUAAUCAGAGAGCCCCGUACUUACUUCAAUGAAUAUCUAACCAGUGAAUCAUUUUAUAUCAUAUUUAAUCAUUGCAUACAAUAAGCCAGAACAAAAAGCCUCACGAUGUUUUGGGAGAUUUUGAAAAAGGCUAUUGUGGCCCACAUUGCCAUGAUAAGAUUAGAGAGGGCCAAAAUGAAUAGCUGGCGGAAAAGAAUAGGGUUGAGGCCCAAAUACCCAAUAUGGGACGAAGUCGUUUGGUGGUGGGGCGGAAUAUGCCGUGAGCUUCUAGUAAGAGGAAUAUGUCCCUGCUUCUUCCUCUUCAAGAACCGUCAAACCGAGGAAGAAAUCAAAGAAGAGCUCGCCAAGCAAGAGGCGGAAAAGCGCAAGGCCGAACGGAAAAAGCGGAAAAAUCCCCCGCUGUGGCGAGUCAAAGGGACGUGGCACAACCAGAUCGUGAUGGCGCUGUUUGGCUUCGCGUGCGGCGCCGUGGCCACGCUCGCCAUCUACUUCUUCAUGGUGUUCCAGCUGACGUACAAUCCCUUCACGGCCACCAUGUUCUGCCUCUGCGUCGGCCCCUUCCUUACCAUCGGCCUGGCAUUCAGCGAGGAGUUCAGACUGAUGGGCAUCCUCAUCUUCCCCUACAUGUUCGCGGGGCGCGGGCGGGCCAUGCUGCUAUCCUUCUGUCUCGUUCUGGCCGUCAACGGUCCCGGCAAGUCGAUCAUCUUCAACGCGGAGGUGCUCAACGACUCACUGGCGUGCUACUACAACGUCCUGGUCAACGUCAUCUGCGACGUCAUCAAGCAGGGCUUGAACGGCGUCAUGAGCGUAGUGCAGGCAAUCGUCAACAUGGCCACUCAGAUGAUGUGCAUCUACAAGAAGAUCAUGAAGGUCUUUGCCCAAAUAAAGAACGCUAUGAUGGACAUUGGCGUUGCCAUCAAGAGUGCGUUCACAUGGCUGCAAGCCAUAGAAGGUGUCUGUGACGAAAAAUACGGCGGACCCAUGCAGCGAUGUGAGAAGACGUUCAACGACGCCACCGACAACUGCAUGGCCACGCUGGGACUGGGCGCACUGAACUACCAUCUCUGCAGUAUCGUGGACUGGUUCAAGGGAAUCUGUAUGUUUGCCCGUAUCAUCGAGUAUCUGUGUCAGCCUGCUCGGGGAGCGAGAAAGGGCAGUGUUGAUGACGCCAGGAGCUACAUGUACCAAGCUUCGGGGAAGUAUCACUCCUUCUUCCUCUUCGGACUGGAGCUCUACAGUGACUUUGACAUGAAGGUAAACAUGUCCAAGUCCCUGAAGCAGAUUCGCAAGGAGAUCUUUGACGAGGUGGUCGACAGAGGCGGCUGGGUGUUCUUCAUCAUGGACGCGUUUAGCUGGAGCUGCGUCGUGUACAUCCUACUCAUCCUCGCCAAGGCAGUCAUGUACCGCUACCGCUACGUCACCGACGACGGCUACGACAACCACUACUUGUCCGUGCUCAUCAAACGCGUGGAUGACAAGCGCGAACAGAUGGAGAAGCCCACCGUGCUCCCGCUGAAGACACGCGAAAUGCGUCGGUACAUCGACCCCAUGUCGCUAGCACUCACACGCACAGAGAUUCGUGAGCUGACUCGCGUGGCUGUGAACCUCAUCGCCACCGGGUUCCAAAUCGGCUACCUCAUGUUCGUCGACACGUCGCUCUACUUCAUCAUGGAGACAAUCCGGAGCAACGGCUACGUCAAGACCAACUUCAAGCGCCGCACGCCUGCCAAGGCGGUCGUACAAGGCGAUGGAUUCAUGGCGGACGCUAUCCGUUCAACAUUCACCCACAUGCCGCAGUCCUUCUCCAGUAACAUCCCCGAGAUUGACACCACCGAGUGUGUUCCGUACGGCUGGCCGCCGAACCACGACCGCUACCGCCAGAUCAUCGUCUUCUACCUCAUGGUUCUCGUGUUCGGUCUCGCGCAGCCUCUGGCAUUGCGUCUUCGCCAUAUCGCCUGCGGGUGGUACUACCCAGAACGUGCCAGAAAGCGGGCGCUCUGGCUUUACAACGCCAUACUGAAACGCCGCGGCGGUUUUAUAUCAUUCGUGCAGCGAACCCUCCGUCGCAAGCAGCUCGUCGACCCAAACAUGGAUGUGGUGGGGAGGAUUCUGGAGCGGCUGGCGAUCUCGAUCCCUUGUCUUCGCGUGAUGCUCACCUACCUCGGCAUGGUUCGCGUCUACUGCGGCGUCUGCUCGGAGAGCUAUGACCCGGAGGCUGACGAGGGCGCCUUCCGUCGCUGUGAUAACUACGGCUGCGAGGGUGUGUACUGCCACGAGUGUUUCUCCGACAUGAACAACCGGUGCACUAUCUGUCUGAAGCCAGUUGACUACGGAGACAUCUCUGACAUCAGCGAAGAGGUCGACUCCAGCUCUGACGAGGAACUCAUCAAGAAGCGAGAAGAGCGCCUUCUUAUGAAGGAGCUGGGACUGCCUCCUCUUGAAGAGGAUGAAAAGGAAGACGAGGAUCUCGAGUACGACUACCAGGAGGAUCCUGACCAAGCUGAUGGCUGGGAUUCAGACCAAGAGCGGUGGCAAAACCGACGCAAAGCGAGGCGUGACGUCGAGAAUCAAAACAAGGACGGCGGAGCGACUAUGGAUAUGCUGGAGAGUGAGGAGGAGAGCGACGAUGAAGAGGCAGACGAAGUGAUCGACACGUUCCACCCAGACGAGCUCAAUGACGCCGACGAUGAGGAGGAAGAGGAGGGCGAGGACGAAGAAGAUGACGAGGUGGCCAAACUCCUGCCGCUUCCAAAGAACAAAGCGAGCGCGGCGGCCGCUAACUUGAUUUCCACUGCAGUGUAAUGGGGUUGGGGUAGGUGGCGCGCUUCUACGAAGUCCAUGCCUUCUCCAAUGUGUGAAAUGCAUCAGCACACACGCUGGUUCGUGUGCUAUACUUUCCCGUGGCGCCAGUAAACGUGUGUUUCUCUCAAUUAGCUGUCAUGUCUCUGUGCUGUCCAAUCCGUGUAAUGAGCCCACAGUGUCCCUUGUGGUGUGAAUUGUGAAUUGUGAUGUCCUUUGUCGAGUAACGUCCUACUAAGGAGAGUGGCUCUUGUAAACUAGCUGUGAUUGAAUGCGCAUGCUGUAGCAAUUAUUUUCAAAGGGUAUGCCGUAUGUACUAGAAUGAAUUGCGCCAUGCAACUAAUAAAGUUGGGACUGAAACCAAGAAUA